AUGUUCACCCCCGGCGUUCCGCUCGCCGAAGGCGAUGCGUACGCCCUUACCGCGUUCGCCGAGAUGAUUCUCAAGGCCAAUCAUGUUACCGACUUCUCGUUUGGCUGGAUGGCCGAGCAGUUCGGCGGCCACCCGCAUGCCUUCGUGAUCGAGUACCGCGGCGUCGAGCUGUGGAUCCCCGUCCCCGCUGUCAGCCGCAUUGCUCGCUACAUCGCCAUGUGCUGCUGUUUUGAGCUCGGGCAUGGUUUUGCCCUCAUCAACAAGCGCCCGGGCUGCCAGCCGAACAAGAAGCGCGGCCCGAUCCGCAAGCGUGCGCCUGUCCUCCGCCUAUUCCUGUACAAUAAGAUCAAGUGUGUCCCGCUUGAAAACAAGAACGGUGGCCCCAUGGGAUUCCAAAUCGAUGUCGCCAUAGACGAAGAGGAGGUUACCCAGAAGGUUGAGCAACGUCUCCAGAAUAUGGGCGAGGACCUGAAGAAGGCUAUCGAUACCAAGCUCGCGGAGCAAUACACCCCCACGAAGAAGGUUCAGAAGAGGGACAAGCCCAGCCCAAACAAGAACCGCGUCCCUCCGCUCAGCUUCCUUGGUGCCACCAUCGGGAAGAACCUGAGAUGCCGAAGGUCAAGAAGGCCAAGAAGACGAAGGCCAAGCUCUAGCUGA